UUAAACUCUAACAAGGUGAAAGUUUGCGGUGAAGGUUGUACUUAAAUAGUAAUGCGGCCAGAAAAAAUUCAUUUUUUUCUCCCCUUCUCCUAGCUUCCAGUGAGCGGAGGUGUCAGUGCGAGCCAGCCACCGCACCGAAGCUGGCGGCCAUGGAUCCGGACGCGGCGGAGUGGCCGUGCAUCAUCCAGGCGCUCCCGGCGCUGCCGCCGUCGCCGUCGUCAUCGGGAGCCCUGAGGCUCCCGACCAUGGUGCAGGCCCUCCCGGCCGCCACGGAGCCGCCGCUCGCCGCCGCCUCCGCCUCCAGGUCGAGGGCACGCCGGUCCGAGCCGCCCAGCCCGCGCCGCACCCGCUCCGGCGGCGCGCCGGAGUGGACCCCGGCCGAGACGCUCGCGCUCGUCGCGGAGGUCGCGGCGGUCGACGACGGGUGGUCCCGCUCCGUCUCUGCCUUCCAGAAGUGGGCCAUUGUCGCGGAGAACCUCGCCUACUCCCCCGCGUCGCGGGGGAAGGCGAGGGGGAGGGGGAGGGCGGCCAGCGAGUGCAGGCGCCGGUGGGAGAUGCUCGCCGCGGAGUACGGGGCGGUGCGGCGGUGGGAGGUGCGGGGCGGGGGUGGGUACUGGGGGAUGAGCGCCACCGCGAGGAGGAAGGCCGGGCUACCUGCGGACUUCGACGCCGAGGUCUACGGCGCCAUGGAGGCGCUCACCCUCGUCGAGGAGGCGCUUCUCGCCGAUACCGCCAUCGCCGCCGCCGGAGAAGAGGUGCAGGGCUUGGUCGGUGCCGUUGGCAGCGGCAGUGGUGCCGAUGAGAUUGGUCAAAAGAGCGCCGGUGAGGCUGGGGAAGCAAACGAAGGUGAUGCUGUGAAACAGGAUGAGGAUGACGAUGGCGGCGAGGAGGAGGAGGAGGAGGAGGAGGAUGGCAAUGAAAUGGUGGAGGAGGAAGACGAUGACAAUGACAAUGACAAUGACAACGAAGGCACACAAGUAGAUGGGGGAAAUGCCACUGCUUCUGAUGGUGGUUUGGUAAGUGAAACAGAAGAAAACAAUGAGUUGAACAAAAGCCAAAUUGAUGGAUGUCAACUGGCCAACAAGUUACAAGAGAACGCGCAGCAUAUCCAUAUGCUACUCAAAGAGGAGGCAGGCGAAGGCCAGAACCACAAUAUUGCUAUCUCAUCUGAUGCUAUGGAGACCACUCGCCAAAAAGCCGAUGAGCUUAUCAAAUCGCUGGGUGGGCUUGUGAGCUACCUGAACCAGUUCACUGAUCUGAUCAAGGAGAAUGGAUUCGAGAAUGUAGUCGGUAUGAGCUGAUCUAUGAUGAACUAAAUCUCUAGUAGGAUGUAGGUUCCCUUUGGAGGGUUAAAUCAGUCUGCCAGAAAUUCGCCAUGUUCUACCUUCCCCAUCGUUGUAAAUAUGAGUGCACUGUAAGAUGCUUCUAACGAAAUUCUGUAGGUUUGUGGCAAAUAAUUAAGUGUCUGCCUAGGUUUUCUGUCAAUCAGUUCCUACAGUAGUUGGAUUUAACCAAGCCCAACAACACGCACAGAUCUUCAAGCAUAUAUAAUGGCCUAAUUUUU